UCAUCGAAAUUUUUUUAUGACGUGUUGGCAUCGUCUAUCGGCAGCAGAAAUCACAAAAAAAAAUCCAUUAAAUUAAAAUUAUUUUCUACAAUUAAUCUACAAAAAACAUAAAAAUGCUGCAAUACAUAUCAUAUGUUUUGCUAUUAUUAUGCUCAACUCAAGCCGUCUUUGGUUUGUAUUUCCACAUUGCCGAAACAGAACGAAAAUGUUUUAUCGAGGAAGUACCCGAUGAGACAACUGUGAUUGUAAAUUACAAAGUUGAACUUUAUGAUCCUCGAUCAAAUGGCUUUAUGCCAUCAUCACCAAACAUUGGAAUGCACGUCGAAGUGCGCGAUAGCGAUGAUAAAAUGAUUUUAUCUCGUGUUUAUAGCUCAGAGGGUCGCAUAUCGUUUGUCUCCCAUACACCCGGUGAGCAUGUCAUUUGUAUGUACUCCAACAGCACUGCUUGGUUCAGUGGAUCACAAUUGCGUGUCCAUUUGGAUAUUCAAGUGGGCGAACAUGCUAUUGACUAUGCCAAUGUCGCUCAGAAGGAAAAACUCACUGAAUUGCAGCUCCGCAUCCGCCAGCUGUUGGAUCAAGUUGAACAAAUUACAAAAGAACAAAACUACCAACGUUACAGGGAAGAACGUUUCAGACACACGAGUGAGAGCACAAACUCGAGGGUGCUUUGGUGGUCAUUGGCUCAAACUGCUGUUUUGGUUAUUAUGGGUUUCUGGCAGAUGAGACAUUUGAAGAGUUUCUUCGAAGCGAAGAAAUUAGUUUAAAAUGGGAAAAGUUAUUGCUGUCAGGAGCAGAAGGAGUUAUUUUGUGAAAUUAUUUCUCUGUAGGGUCUCAACUUUUUUUUUCUCCUUUAAUUGUCUAAUCUUUUAAUUAUAAUAAUUCACCCAUUAUCCUUUCCUCGGACAUCCCUUUUUGAGAUAAACGUUUAAUUAUUUUUUAAAUUUUUGUUUAAAUGAAGUCAUGUAUAUCGAACGAAGGAAAACAAAUAAAAAAAAAAAUAAGAUUUUUUUUUUGAGAAAUUGA